AUGGGACAAGUGACAUCCUCUUAUUACGUCCCCCGAGUUUUUCAUAAAUUCAUCGGUAGAAGCAGUCUGACUAGCGAGUUUCCUUGCAAGCUAAAGUUUCCUCUCUGUGGAAAGUCGCAGGAUAUAAGGAUCACGGCUGAGUCACAGGGCACAAUCGAUAGCGUAGUGGGACGCAUUAACGACAUCGUCACAACCACACGUCCCAAGCUUCGUCCCUCUCACUUCAUUUGCCUUCCCAUCCAGGAUUGCACAUCAGUGGAAACUUUUAAAGCUUUUAAGUCGAAGGUGCUGGAAAGGGCCAAAGAAAACCGUCUAUAUGAAGGUAUCGAUGAGGACUUGUUUACCUCUGAAUAUAGACUUCACUUCACUUUUGCCACCCUGCUAUUAGUCGACCGAAAGGAGGUUGAAAAGGCCUCUCGUUUGCUUGUUAGUUUCUUUGAUGAGUCAGAGGCUGGAAAGGAACUUUCCUCUGCGCCCCUUCGUAUUACCAUUCGGGGCUUGAUGAGCAUGCAGAGUAAUCCUGAUUAUUCUCACGUUCUCUAUGCAACCGUGCAGAGGGACGGCGAUUAUGCGCGUCUCCAGGCGAUAGCAAACGCGAUUUCGAGUCUCUACCGCCAGUACGGUCUGCACAGUGGGGUGGAGCAGACACCAACGGCAGAGACGGAUGUGAAACUUCACAUGACUCUCAUGAACUCGUACAAUCCCUUAAAGAAGCAGCUAUAUCGAACCCGUGGUCCGGAGCGUCGACGUCUCAAGCGUCGUUACUUCAAUGCCACACCUCUGCUAACGGAGUUUGGGGAUCUUUGCUUCACAGAAGGGACAGUCUUUGAUGUGAUUAGUCUCUGUCGAAUGAACAGUGGUAGUCCAGAGACUUUCUAUGCAACUGAGGCGCAGCUUAAACUCACAGAAACACGUCCGGACACGGUGGACCAAUGUGGGGAUUAA